AUGCGAUAUCAUAAUCUUCACUUUUUCAUCUACUUUAUGUCUAAGAACUGCCAGUGGGGUCGAUGUAUUGGUGAAGACUGUGGUCCAAAUGGAGUACAAAGUAGAACAGUGUGGUGUGUCCACAUUGAAGGCUGGACAACACACCAUUCUCACUGUAAUUAUGAAGAGAGACCAGAAAUUCAGAGGGACUGUUUCAAGGUGUGUGAUUGGCACCAGGAACUUUUUGAGUGGGAAUUCACCAAAUGGGGAGAUUGUGCACUUCGUAUUGCUUCAAAUAAAAUUAAACCAAGGACCUUCGAUUGUGUCACUGCACAGCAGGGACUGCAGCAUAGGAAAGUACACUGCAUACGAAAAUCCAACAGAUCGCUGGUGUUAGAUGAGAUUUGUGAAUUCUUUACACCUAAGCCUGCCUUGGACCAAGCCUGCCUCAUCCCCUGCCCACAGGACUGUGUUGUGUCGGAGUUCUCAGCCUGGUCAGCCUGCAGCAAAGGAUGUGGGAAAGGAUUACAACACCGUGUUCGUUCAGUGUUAUCGCCGCCCUUGUAUGGUGGUAAGACUUGCCCAUCUCUAACAGAAACUAGGAGCUGUGAUAUACAGGUCUCCUGUUUGGUUGGGGAGGAUGAUUUUCAGUACAGUUUAAAAGUUGGGCCCUGGAGUGACUGCAGACUGCCGCACCAAAGACAAACCUGGCAAAAUGGCAAAACAGUUCUGAACUUUAGUUUGCAAUCAUCAGAAAAGAUUCACGUGAAGCAUCCAUUCCAUCAACAUUCCAAGCCCUUGGAUGUAGAGAUAGGAUAUCAAACAAGACAUGUCCAUUGUACGAGAAGUGAUGGAAAGAACGCCAUGCUAAGCCUUUGUAUUCAUGGUGACACCCUCGCGAUUUUUCAAUCAUGCAUUAUGCCUCGUGACUGUGAAUUUUCUGAAUGGUCUGGAUGGAGUUCAUGCACUAAGACCUGUCAAUCAUCUGACUAUUCUCCGGGAUACAGAAGCAGGAUUCGAUUUAUAAAGCGUGUAGCUAUAGGGAGUGGCAAAGAUUGUCCCAGUCUCGAGGAAAAAGAAACUUGUAAUAUUGGAGGGCAAGGAUUACCAUCAUGUCUGAGGUAUAGUUGGAAAACCACUGACUGGAAUGAGUGCCAGGUGACGCCUCUACUCAGUCAGCAGGAUCGGCGCAGAAGCAAUCAAUCAACCUUGUGUGGAGGUGGCAUACAGACACGAGAAGUUUACUGUGCACAGAAAACAGGGGAAGUUAACAAACAGAAAUUAAAAGAAGUGUCCAGACCAGUGGACCACAGCCUAUGCUCAGAACCAAUACCAGUUACUUCACAGCUUUGCACCGUUGCCUGUCCUACUGACUGCCUGGUUUCGGCCUGGUCUGCAUGGAGACCUUGCAUCCCUGAGAACUGCCAGGACCCUCACAGGAAUAAAGGUUUUAAGAUGAGAAGACGCCAUGUAGUUAGAGAGCCUACCGGCAAUGCUGGAAGAUGCCCACAUCUUGUAGAAUCCAUUCAUUGUGAAGAGCCAGUUUGCUAUCAUUGGCACCUGCUUGAAGAGAGCCUCUGUGUGACAGAAAAUAAUCGAACAUGUGGCAGAGGUACCUACAACCAAACAAUUUUGUGCAAGAAUAACCAAGGGGAGGUAACAUUAGAUGAACUAUGUGGAGAGUCACAUCUUUCCAGCCAUGGUAUAUGCGAGCUGUCCUGUCCAACUGACUGUGUUCUAAGUGAAUGGUCAGAGUGGUCAGUUUGUUCACGCUCAUGUUCUAGCAAAAAUGCAGAGGGCAGGCAAAGCAGAACCAGAUCCAUUAUAGCAUUAGCUGGAGAAGGUGGAAAGCCAUGUCCUAGUAGCCGAGCUUUGCAAGAAUGGCGAUCUUGUAAUGAGCAUAGCUGUAUGGUGUUCUAUUGGGAUACAUCACCUUGGGGUCCUUGUACUGAAGAUACGUUAGUGAUGCCCCUUAAUGCUACAAUCAGUUGGAACGGUGAGGCCACCUGUUCUGUGGGCAUGCAGACUCGACAGAUCCAUUGCAUGAAAAGCAAAGUUGGACAUGUUACUCCCAAAAGGUGCCCUGAAAGUACCAGGCCUGAAACUGUUCGGCCAUGCCUAUUGCCAUGCAAAAAGGACUGCAUUGUCACUCCUUUCAGUGAAUGGACACCUUGCCCUACCAAGUGUCAGCAAGGUAAUUCUUCUUUUGCCAAACAGUCUCGCUACAGAAUUAUCAUCCAGAAGCCUGACAAUGGAGGACAGGAGUGCCCAGAUACUCUGUAUGAAGGAAGAGAAUGUGAAACACGUCCUCUUUGCCCAGACUAUAGGUGGAAGACGCACAAGUGGCAUCAUUGUAUCUUGGCACCUGAUUAUGUUAGACAGGGAACGAUUGGAGCAACCGAGGCCUGUGGUUCUGGUUUGCAAACCAGAGGUGUGACCUGUAGAACAGGUGGUGACCAGAAUGUGGAACUUAUUGGGUGCUUGAGGUGGGCAAGCCCAAUGCCUGCACUUGUGCAGAAGUGUCACAUCCCCUGCCGUGAUGAUUGCAUGUUGACAAACUGGUCCAGGUUCACCCCCUGUGCAGCAAGUUGUGGAUCAACCCAAAGUCGAAGAAGAGCCCUCAUAGGAAAAAGCAAGAAGAAAGAUAAGUGCCACAAGGAUCCACUAGUUGAGACAAAGACUUGCCCAUGUGACAAAUUUAUCGGUCAACCACAAGGAAAUUGGUCAGAUUGUAUUCUUCCUGAAAACAAGGUGAAACUGCAACUUGGCAUGAAGUUUCAAGUAGAUGUCAAAGACUGCGGGCAGGGUGUACUUUACCGAGCCAUAGCCUGCUAUGAUCAAAAUAAGAAGUUGGUGAAUCCUUGGCUUUGUAGCAAUUCUGGGUAUAUCGAAGAGACUUGCAGUUUGCCAUGUCCUUCAGAUUGUAAGUUAAGUGACUGGUCAAACUGGUCGGCAUGCAGCAAAUCCUGCGGAAGUGGGAUACAGAUCAGAUCCAAGUGGCUGCGGGAGAAGUCAUAUAAUGGUGGUCGCCCAUGCCUUAAACUAGAUGUGAAGAAUCAGGCCCAGGUGUAUGACAGAAUUCCCUGUUACAGUGAUUGCGGUCAAUAUAGCUGGAUAGCUGAACCUUGGUCUGUUUGCAGAAUCAACAACAGAGAGUCAUUACACAAUUGUGGUGAAGGUGUACAGACUAGGAAAGUGAGAUGUGUGAAUAACACAGCUGAUGGGCCUGGAGGAAAUGUGGACGAUGCAUUGUGUGAUUAUGAUGAGAUGCCAGUUGGAGCCCGCCAGUGUUCCCUCCCCUGUCCAAAUGACUGUGUUAUGUCUGACUGGGGCCACUGGAGCAUUUGUCCUAAAGAAUGCAACAUUUUGAACAUUCGUGUUCGAACUCGAUAUCCUCUACGUCCAGCAGCAGAUGGGAAAACCUGCCCAGCAGCCUCUGAGGUGGAGCCCUGCGCUCUCAACAAAAACUGCUUUCACUAUCAGUACAACCUAACAGAAUGGAGCUCUUGCCAGCUCAGUGAAAAUGCAGUCUGUGGACAAGGGCUGAAGUUUCGCUUGCUGGACUGUGUGCAAAGUGACGGGAAGUCAGUUGAUAUCAAGUUCUGUGAGAAGAUGGAACUGGAAUCUCCAUGGCAUUUAUCUAUGUAUUGCUUUGUGGAAUGCCCUGUAAAUUGCCAGCUGUCAGAAUGGUCUUCUUGGUCUGAAUGUUCCCACGCAUGUGGACUUGAAGGCCAAGUGAAGCGCAUUAGGCAUGUUCGACAGAAGGCCCAUGGAGAGGGAAGACCUUGCUCCUCCCAACUAUCUCAAUACCGACCUUGCCUUAUUAAGCCAUGUUAUAGUUGGGUUUUUGGUGAAUGGUCUGCAUGCAAAGUGGAGGGUGCACAGUGUGGUGAUGGGUUUAAAGUGCGUAACCUGUCUUGUGUCGUUCAUGAUGGGAAAAUCCCUGAUACAACAAAGGUGGUGGAGAAUGAAAUGUGUGGCAGUAGACCAGGUGGAAUAACCAGUAGUGAGUUGGAACUAAAAGUCCCUUGUUCCGUGCCUUGUCCAGGUGACUGCCACCUAACUGAGUGGUCAUCAUGGAGUUCAUGCCAGCUGAUCUGCCUAGAUGGAAAGAGAUUUGAAACUACUGGUCGCCAAACCCGUUCCAGAGCUGUGAUUGUUCAGGCAUUAGAAAACCAGGAUAAUUGCCCUGAACAAACAUGGGAGGAAAGGUCGUGUACAGAAGGAAAUUGUCAUGAGUAUGAGUGGAGGUCAAGUCCCUGGAAUGGCAAUGAGCGAACUGUAUGGUGCGUCCGUUCAGAUGGUGUGAAUGUGACAGGAGGUUGCUCUCCUCUGAGUCAGCCAACUGCUACCAGACACUGUCAUCCAUCCUGCACUAAACCAUACUCCUUCUGUACCCAGGGAGGUGUGUGCGGCUGCGAGAAAGGUUACGUGGAAGUAAUGACUCCUUAUGGAUUCCUUGACUACUGCACUAAAAUCCCUGGAAUAGAGGAGAAGAAAGCUGAUGUUAAGACUAGUGUGGGAAAGAACAAGCUGGGCAAUUCAAAAUUCCAGGCAUUUUUUAAAGGCUGGUCCAUUGACCCUUUUGAUCCUGAUGGUAAACCAAAGGUCUGGGUAUAUGGAGUAUCUGCUGCCAUAGUAGUCCUCAUUAUCUUCAUUACUGUCCUGUCGUAUCUGGUCUGCAAGAAGCCAAAACAGCAGACACGUCCAGCUCCCCAGCAGAAGCCUCUGACUUUAGCCUAUGAUGGAGAUAUGGACAUGUAAUGAGUUCAGGAGAAGAAACUCUUCCAUAUUAUUAGGAUGACAAAAGCCUUAAACUUACUUCAGUGUCACAAGCAUGGGCAAAGAAGACAAACCUCAAAAGCAGCUUUGAGAAAUGUCUCAUAAACUACUCUGUUUCUAAGCGGAGAAACAA